AUGUUUAAAAGAAAAUCAGUGAUAGCAAAUGGUGGUACUCAACCACGAGCAAAAUCACCACCAGGUAAUAAACGAAAUAGUAUAACUUCUCCAAGGUUUUAUGAAAUUCUCGAUUAUGUUGCUUCGAGGAUGAAUGUUCCUAUACAAUUCGGUACUUUUAUGAAACGACGUUUUAAUAAAGAGGAUAUAUCAUCUCCUGCUGAUUUUGAGCAUAUCUUUCAUGCUGAAAGUGAAGAACAAGCUCAAGAGAUAUUAUUAUGGGGUGAAAAUCCUAAAUUGUUUGGUAAAUAUCCCGACGGUAAUAUAUCAUCUGGUGGUGUACACACAAAUAGUACAGGAACUAUUAUAAUCAAGAAUUCAGAAAUUUCAAAUCAACAAUAUAUUGACCUUUCAUUACAAAAUAUUGUUCCAUCUUUGGAAACAAUUGAAAAAUCAGUUUCAGCUAAAGUAUAUUUUGAAAAUUAUUUUUAUGGUAUACUUAAAAAACCAUCAGAACGUCUUAAAAGACGUUUACAACUUGAAUCAGAACUUGAAAAUAUGACUAUUUCUGAUAAAGAUAAACAUGUAAUUAGACAAGAAUGGCUUACUUUAGAAUCUGAUUAUAUGCGUAUUUUACGUAAAAAAAUUACUAUUAAUGCUUUUCAAAUUAUUAAAACAAUUGGUCAUGGUGCUUUUGGAGUUGUUAAACUUAUUCGUGAAAAAAAUACUGGUAUAUUAUAUGCAAUGAAAAUAAUGAGAAAAGCUGAUAUGUUAAAAAAAGGUCAAGAAGGUCAUGUACGUGCUGAAAGAGAUUUAUUAACUGCUGCUUCAGAAUCUGCUAGGUGGAUAAUAAAAUUAAUUUAUUCUUUCCAAGACGCUGAUCAUUUAUACCUUGUUAUGGAAUAUAUGCCUGGUGGUGAUUUAUUAAAUUUACUUAUUGAAAAAGAUAUUUUUCCUGAAAAUUUUGCUAAAUUUUAUGUUGCUGAAAUGGUGUUAUGUAUUGAAGAAGCUCAUAAAAUGGGUUACAUUCAUCGUGAUAUAAAGCCUGAUAACUUUCUUUUUGAUCGGGAUGGGCAUAUAAAACUUUCAGAUUUUGGAUUAGCAACAGAUUUUCAUUGGGCUCAUGAUUCAGCAUAUUAUGAUCAACAACGUCGAGAUCUUUUACGUAAAACUGGAGUUGAUGUUGAAACUGAUACACUUUCAAGGUUAAUGGGAAAAAAAUAUCAAACUUCAAAAUGUUGGAGAGAUAAACAUCGUAAAAUUAUGGCUUAUUCGGUUGUUGGAACAAAUAAUUAUAUGGCUCCUGAAGUUUUAAGAGGUUCGGGUUACGGUAGAGGUUGUGACUGCUUGAAAUUUCCUCAUGGACCUCGUGUUUCUCGUGAUGCUCAAGACUUAAUGAGAAGAUUAAUUUGUGAAAAGGAAAAUCGACUUAGUUCUGGUUUUACAAAAUCUACAAUUAAACCAAAUGGACUCUACCUUACAAAUAGGAAAUCUACAAUGGGUUUAGGCGAUGCAUCAGAUAUUAAAGCUCAUCCAUGGUUUAAAGGUAUUGAUUGGGAUAAUCUUCAUAAGAUGACACCUCCAUUCGUACCUCAAUUAAAAGAUGAAAUAGAUACUAAAUAUUUUGAAGAAAAUAUUGAUGAUAAUCCAUUAGCACCUGCUGAAGGUGAAAGAAGACCAAAAGAUCCUAUGUUAAGAGAUAAACGACAUGGUAAAGAUAUAUUAAAUAUGAGAAAAGCGUUGGCAUUUGUUGGAUAUACAUAUAAAGGAUUACCUACUGAACAACAAAGAGGUGGAAUGGCUGAGAGAAUAGUUGGAAGGUCUAAUAUUAGUGGAAGUUUGAGAAUUCGUUCAAUGAGUUUGUGA